AUGCACGUCGCUCGCGCCCCCUCUCCCUCUCCCGCGCGAAGCAUCGGACCUGCGAAGCUCUACGCCUACGUCGAGCCCUCCAAGGACAAGAAGCUCAGGGCCCUCCGCGACUCCAUCGCCCUCAUUCGGAGCAACGCGCGGGUUGUGAGCGCGGUGGGGGAGUGGAUGGAGCUGGGGGCGGGGGGGCUGAACGAGCUAUGA